AGCCCUGACGCGCCAUUUUCGGGAGCCCAAACACCGAGACAAGCACGACCUUACCAGGUAUAAGGUAUGGAGAUAGCUGUUAUUCAUGAAUCACACGCUCUCUGUUUCCCGACUUUCUCUGUCCCUGCACAGGACGCACACUAGCUUCUUCUGGCUGCCUGCAGCGAGACAGCCAUACACUCGCUUUGUUCCUUGACCAUGGGGUCCCAAGGCCCUCCACCAUUCGACGUCCGCGACAUCGCCGUCAUCGGCGCCGGGCCCUGCGGUCUAGCCGCGGCCAAGUUCCUGGUUGCCCAGGGCGCGUUCCGGAAAAUCGACAUAUUCGAGCGGCAGUCCGAGGUUGGCGGCGUGUGGAACUACAGCCCGGAACCCCCGGGGGCGCCGCACGUGCCCCAGGUGCGCCCCGACUGCCCGCCCGAGAGGCCCCUGCCGCCCCGGGAUGGGGCAGGAGGCCCCGUGUUCCCCUCACCCAUGUACGAGGUCUUGCACACCAACAUCCCCCGCGCGCUGAUGCGGUACUCGGAUCUGCCCAUACGGGAGGAUUCCCUCGUGUUCCCCUCCCGCGAGCACAUUCAGGAGUACGUGGUUGAGUACGCCCGGGACAUCCGCCAUCUCAUCCGCUUCUCGACGCAAGUCGAGGACGUGCGCUUGAGGCAGGUUGACGGGAGGGACCGGUGGGACGUGGAUACGGUGUGUCUGCGGACUGGCGCGACAUUAAGCGCAACAUACGACGCCGUCGUCGUGGCGUCGGGCCACUAUAAUGUCGCUUACAUUCCCGAGUCGAAAGGGAUUCGGGAGUUCCACGAGGCGAACCCGGGCGUUAUCUCUCACUCUAAGCAGUACCGCAGGCCCGACCCCUUCGCCGGCAAGAAGGUGGUCAUUGUGGGGAACGCCGCUUCCGGCGUUGAUAUCGCAGCGCAAAUCAGCCCCGUGUGCAAAAAGCCGCUGUUACUCUCAGCGCGGUCCCCGACGCUGCAGGCCAGGCUGGAAUUCGCGGGAGCCGAAGAGGUCCCGCCGAUCGAGGAGUUCCUGGCCGAAGAACGGGCCGUCCGGUUUCAGGACGGCCGGGUCGAGGACGGGAUAGACGCUGUCAUCUUUGCGACCGGCUACCUCUUCGCGUUCCCCUUCCUCCGCUCGCUCAAGCCGCCUGUCGUGACCGACGGGCGACGCGUGCAUGGCCUGUACAAGCAUCUAUUCCAUAUCGACCACCCGACGCUGGUCUUCUCGCUUCUGCCCAUCAAGGUCGUGCCGUUCCCCGUGGCCGAGAGCCAGGCGGCCGUCUUCGCGAGGACGUGGGCUAAUCUACUGCCACUGCCAUCUGUGGAGGAGAUGAGGAGAUGGGAGCAGGCGGAGGCCGAGCGGCGCGGGGAGAAGUUCCAUGUUUGGCCCGAGGGCGGCGAUGCCGAGUAUAUCAACGCGGUCCAUGAGUGGCUCCGGCGGUCUGGCACGCCGGGCAAGGAACCGCCACACUGGGGUCCGGAGCUGGUUUGGCAGAGGCAGAAUUACAUCCAGGCGAAGCUGAAGUUCGAGCUGGAUGGCCGCAGGGCCAAGACGUUGGAAGAGCUCGGCUUUGUGUAUCGCGCGGACCGGGGGCAGGACUGAGUCUGCGGCCCGUUGUGCGCUGAGCAUGUCUUAAAUUCUUGGACAGGAGAACGGCGGAGCAGCCGGCCGGGGUGGGUCCCGGACAUGCGUGCCGCAGAUCGGAUGCUGGACGAGCAGUGAUUGGCCGCGAGUCCGGAGCACCCCCGAAUGAGAGCCCGGGAGGGUUUGGGUUUGAAUGGCAUCAUCCGGCGAUGGCACGCUUCAAAAGCCGAAAUCACAGAAUUGGCUGCCCGGCCGGCACAGCCUUCAUCCCGCCGGCAAUGAAGAUGCCUAACCCCUGUCCGUGCCGAGCCAACCGCUCGGGACAGGUUCCGCCCCCAGCGG